UGAUAUGUUUCCUAAGUGAGGAAAAGAACACAGAGAGAGAGGGUUGUGGAUGAAUCAUCCUUGAUUUUUCGAGAAAGAGGAAGAAAACGGUGAUCCAUCGAAGACACAAAGGCGCGGACACGCAGAUCCCCAAUUUCGAACGAGAGGACAUUCCAUUUGUGGGGAAUCUCUGACAAUGGGUUUGGGAUGUUGAAGGGAUUGAAAUGGAUUGGAGAGAGAAUAGCAAUAGCAAUAGCAAUAACAAUAGCAAUGGCAAUGGGUUUUACGAUAGGUUCGUGUGUGAUUAUGACGAAGAGGUUCUCAGCAGAGAACGAAGCCCUAACAAGCCUUCUUCGCUCUCUUCCUCGCCUUCCAGACUUGGCUACAUUGAACACCAUGUUUCCAAAUUCGAUACCUUGGCUGGUGUCGCUAUCAAGUACGGGGUUGAGGUUGCAGACGUCAAAAAGAUGAAUAGCCUUGUUACAGACCAUCAAAUGUUUGCACUUAAAACUCUCCAAAUUCCACUUCCUGGAAGGCACCCUCCAUCUCCUUGUUUAUCAAAUGGUUCCACUACACCAGGACACAGUAACUCAGAUCACAGUCCACCUAGUCAGGCACACCGCGAUCUGCUUGACACAUUCCAGUCCCUGAGAAUAAAGUCUUCAGAGCGGAAGGUCUCCCCAGCCAUGAACUCAUUACAGGGUUACUAUGGACUUAGAACCUCAAGUCCCCCAGAAGAUGGUCCAUUCCCCAGAAACUUACCUAUGACUGAGCGACCUCUGAGUCGUCACCGGAAGUCCAAGAGUUUGGUCAAUGUAAUUUUGGAAGGGAUUAUGGAAAAGUCUGAUGGUUCACCAGCUGCAGAAACCAGGGAAGUUAACUCCAGUAAAUGGAAUGAUAAGCUUGUCCAGAGACGUCAGAGAUCUGUAGCCGACUUUUCCAGGAUACCAGAGUUGCUUUUGAGGGAGGAUAAUAGUAGCAUUGGUGGUCUUUCAUCAAGAACAGGAAAGGGCUUAGCCCUAAGACCGAAAGCAGCUAGCCGAACUGCAGUGACAGCUGAUUCUGAACCAAUUGGUGUGAGUCCUGUGCAAAUGGGCAUGGGAGAUGUUUCUCUAAAUGAUGGUUCAUCUGCUGGGGUGAGGAAAUCAUCAAGUACUUCUUGUUUACAGGAUCAAGAUAACAGUGGCUCCUCAUCCAUUUGGCCAACCUCAAUGUGGAUUUUGAAACCAGACUUGCAGGCCCUUUCAACCGCAACCAUUGGAAAACCAAUCUUUGAUGGCUUGCCCAAGCCAUUAACUGGUCGAAAAAAUAAAGCUGCACUUGAUUAAUGUAUAGUAUUUUAUCAACACAGUUUUGACCCCGUUUGUCAGGUUAUGGUCAUUAGCCGCUACACCAGUGGAUAGAUUGGAGGGGAAGUAAAACAAUGUAGAAAAGGCACAUAAAGUAUCAAACAUCACAUUUUAUUUCUCUUUGAAUAGGGGCAUUAUCUUUGUGCCAGAAAAUACUUCCAAUUUAUUUAUUUUUUUUAAAAAUUGUCUUCGCAGCAUAAUGGCCAUCUUUAAAAAUACAGGACUGGAAGGACUGGAUUUCUCAA